CUUGACCGAAGAGAAUCUUGUUCUUUUCUGUUUCUUGACCCUACAACGCUCUUUGAGCCAGGUUGAUCAUUGCGCACUGUUUCUCCUCCCGUUCCCAAUACCCAAUGUCUGAGAGCGUAGAGUGGGUGUCCUCCUUUGUGGGAGAUGCCCCCCCAGGAGAACUUUCAGAUGUUGUUGCCGACAUCAAAGCCCUCACCAUCUCCGAGCCGAGUAUCCUCAAGGAGCUGGGUCCCGCAUUCCAGAAGUACAAUGAGGAGCAGUUCACCACGGUGAAGCUGCCCGGAAGCAGCGAGGCGGUCAUCGUCAGCUCGCAUAACUCCCUCGGCGGCGGGCGGUACUAUGACAUCGAGAACUCGUCGAGCUUCGAGUUCGAUCAUGCUACACAGAAGGCUAGCGGUGUGCAGAGCCACGCGCUAGAAAGCCAACAAUUUGAUCUAGUGAAAUCUACCCAGAAGAGCCUUGGAACGUACGUCAAGGAGCACUUCCCCAACGCAGCAUACGGCGUCUACCCGACUGAGAAUGACUCGAAGUUGGCCAUCAUCGUCGUGGGUAACAAAUACAGCCCCAACAACUUCUGGAACGGCCGUUGGCGCUCCCUCUACAUCUUCAAUCCGUCCGACAGCUCCCUCGAGGGCUCGAUCAAGGUGGACGUGCACUACUACGAGGACGGCAAUGUGCGGCUGGUGACCAACAAAACGGUGACGGCGUCGAUUCCGUCGGGCACGGGAAGCGCCAUCGCCAAGGAGAUCGCGGGCGCGGAGAAGAAGUACCAGGAGGAGCUGAACAAGGGAUUCGCGAGCCUCAGCGAGGGCGCGUUCAAAGGCCUGCGCAGGCAGCUGCCGGUGACGAGGCAGAAGAUCGAGUGGGACAAGGUCGCCAGCUACCGGUUAGGCCAGGACAUCGGCGGCGGCAGCUCUCGGAGGUGACCUGCUGAGAAGAGAAGGCUGUUUACGGAGUAAAAUCCGUAGGUGUGGUGGUUGCAUAGCACAUGGCAAUACGAUUACGAGGCCCUGCUCGACAUUGAGGAGAAAGCGAGAGCAUGAGACGUCAACCUGCGUAGCCUAUGCAGGGGGUGCCAUCAGUGGACAUUGCGUAUUCGGAACGUCAGUAGAUAGCGAAGCCGACAUGAUCUUGAUUC